AUGGCUUCGGAAACGGCAAAAUUGUGGGAUAACCUGGAGCUGCAGGUUGCUGGUGCUCGAGAUGUUCGGCACGUUAAACCUCCUAGUUUGGCCAUCGGUAAUCCAAGCAGCUCUACCUUUAAAUACAAUCUAAGUCCUUUCUUCAAGCGGGAGCAUUGGGAUAUCAGCGAUGGAGAUUACAAGGCACUCUUACCAAGCAUGCAGCUUGCGUCAAAUCUGCUUAACUCUGGUUUCGAUUUCCUUGCCAGCUUUGCGCCUUCAAACAGAGCACAUGACCAGCUGCUAGAGAAACGUGCAGAGGAUCCUACAUAUUACAGGGUCGUCCAAAAGCGAUAUGAAAACGAUCAGCUCCAGGAGACGAGAGGGGAGCUAGCGGAGGUGGCCGAGUCUGUCAGAUGGCAACUCAAUGAGACCAUGGCGAGAGACAAGAAAUGGACCGGGGUCACCAGACUAGUCACCGACGACCGCUGGGGCCCUAGACCAUGGACUGACUUGGUUGACCAAGAUAUAGCAGAGUCCGAUCAGGAUCUUCGAGCCCGGGGAUCUCAACGCCGACCUCUGAUCGUUGGGAUCAUGAAGGAGUAUGUGGAUGCCCUGACAACGUUCAGACCUGGCACCGAGGAGCAUCUGCGGGCAAGCUUUCUUGCUGCUGUUACCAUGACACAUGAAGUUGCACAUGUAGUCUGGCAUCAAGAUUUUCGAUCUUUAGAUUACAGCGCCUCGGGACCUGAGCCACGCUAUAACGAUGAUUGUGUUUCGGAACUGGGACUCUCGUUCAUCGCAUACAUCUUUGGCGGCUACAGUCCGUCCACAGUCGACGGACAAGUUCCUACUAACUUCUCCAGCGCUCUUUGUUGGCAGAAAGUCUUCAAAGAGCAGGAAAUCGACGUGCUCUACCGUAGCGAUUACUCGAUCUCCACAGCAUAUAUCGAGAGGGUACUUUCUCAGGGCUUUUGGGAUAGAUUACUGGAUAAUAUUGGAGCCAUAGAGGAUUCUGGGUGGCCUGCCAUCGCUCGUCCCGCACUGCAGGCGCAGAUCAAAAAAAACCCAUUGGAUGACUCUGUGGCAGAAUCACGCAUACCAGAGUGGACUGUUUCAAAGUACGACGGUGAGGUCAUCUGGAGAAACCCUUUCUCUGACUCCAGGCUCAAUCUGAGAGACAACAAGCUUCUGGAGAAAGUGACGGUGGAGGACAAGAUGCUGGAGAUAGCUCAACUCAAACUAGCCAAUCCCAACGACAAGUCAAGAUACAACUAUGGCCAAGGAGACGUGGGAGAAAAUGCAACUUCCAAUGCGGCCGGCAACAUAAACCCCGCCAUCCAAGACGCGACUACACCUGGCCCGCCCCGGAUCCCCGCAGAAAUCCAACGCAUUUACGAGAUUGCCUUCUGCGGAGCUCGUCCAACCCUCAUGGAACGGUUUCAGCAGAUCCAAAGCGCCGCCGCGGAGCUCGCCAAUGUCAUGCGUCCAGGCGGAGGUCACGACUCCCUGCGUCCACACCUCCGCGAUUUGCGCAGCGAAAGCGCGCAGGAGAUGCUAGACAACCUUGCUGAUUGGGAAGAGCGGCAGACCGCGAAAGAGGAUCAGGCUCUGAGAGCUGUCAAGCCAAAUGAGUGGGUGAAGAAGAAGCGGGACGAUCUGAAGGCAGAACUCCCGCCUGGAACAAUACUUGAUGAGCACGGAUGGCCAGUCUUGACAGACGCUGGUGCAGCGCCGGGGAAACAGGUGGGCAGUCAUAUGGUGGACCUGUAUGCGAGGGUGAACCCGACGUGA